GUUCCGACAAUCGUUCCGACAAAAUGUAUCUAUCCGUGUCGGUUAUUUUCUCGUUUUUGUUUUUGGUUGUUUCGGACGCGGCUUCCGUUUUCCAAUCGGAACCGGAAGCGGAGGGUUUUAUGCUGGGGGGCACGGCUACAGUAAAUGGCGAGUUCCCCGCAUCUGCGUACAUUGUGACACCGGAUAAUGCAGUUUGUGGUGCCACCAUUAUCGAUGCCAGCCAUGUUCUAACCGUAGCUCAGUGCGUGCUCGAUGCUUCUCAUCGUGUCUACAAUCCGCGCAUGGUACGCGUCAAUGCUGGAGAUAUUAGGCUGAGUCCCGUGUCCCCCAUGAGGCAGAGUCGUCUCGCUUCGGUUAUUUACGUUCAUAACGGAUACAAACCUCACACCUUCGAGAAUGAUAUUGCGGUUAUUCGACUUCAGCAGCCACUAAGCCAACCCAGCAAUGCCUUGGAGCCAGCAGUUCGUCGAUCUCGAAUAGUUGCCAAUGGCGCUAACUGUAACCUCGUCGGUUGGGGAAUGAUUACGGCUACCGGAUCCUCGAUCAAUGCUGAACAGCAAAGAUUGUCGAUCCAGAUCAACGAUCGGGACAUCUGCACCAACAUGCGAUCAGAACUACAAGUGUUUGAGAGUAUGAUCUGCGCCGGGAAUAUGAACCAAUCCGCGAACAGCGCUCCAUGCACGGGCAAUCUUGGAUCGGGACUGUACUGCAAUGGGGAUUUGACCGGCUUGCUUUCGUUCGGAAUAAACUGUGGUGCCGGAAACAACCCUCCCACAUUCACCCAGGUUCGAUUCUUCAACUCGUGGAUUGAGCAGCAGGUGUUGAGGAACGAUAGUGUGCCUUUGAGGUGGUCACCAUUAGAUGUUUAAGUGAA